AGUAUAGCUACAGUAGCCCUCCCUCCCUUCCAACAAAUUUGAAUCGACAUUCACAUUUCAAUUUCAAAGACCUAACGGUCUCUCUCGUUUAAUAUCUCCGAAUCUACAAUUUACAGCAAGACGAUCGAGACGAUGGAGGAGUGCUUACAGUACAUGAAGACUUUACGCCAUCAAAUGAACGAGGUGGAGGAUCAGACCACGAAGGUCACGGUUGAAGAGCAAAUGCUGAUCACCAUAAUUAACUCCAUGGAAAACGACCUCGUUUCUGUUUUUGCAUCAACAAAGUUACUGAGAGAAGAAGCUGAGAAGAUGAACAAGGAAAAGGGUCAGAUAUGUGCACAGAUACUGGCAAAACAAAGAAAAAUUUCUUCUCUGGAGUCUGAUUCGUCCACCCUUAACCAGACAAUGGAGCUUAUACAACAAGAAAGAGUUAGCUCAUCUAAAAAACUAGCAGUGAAGAAAAACAAUAUUAUUCUUUCAUCUUAUUUAACUUUUCCUAUAGGGAAGUGCAGCAUUGAUAACAAUAACUUCAUGGACAAUAAGAGGAGUGAAGCUAGGAAGACCCUGAUGGCCAAUUUGGUUUUUGCUGAAUACAAGCUUGACGAAAUUGCACAGAAGACAUUAAAACCUGUUCAGGAGAACAAAAAGAUGAACGAUUCCUUUGAGCAAGUGAAGUGCAGGGCAAACAAAUUGAAGGCAGAGAUGUUGGCAAUGGAUAUAAAGACCUUGGAAGAGGACCACACAGCUCUUCUAUCAGAUAAGGUUGGAGAAUCCGAGUUUUGGGAAUGCCUAAAGGACCAAAUUGAGCAAGUCAAGGGACUUUCCUAUGUGCUGAACUGUGAUUGUGGAGAGGAAUACAAGGUGGAAGUGAAUCUUUAAUCUUAUAAAAGUAUAAUAGCAAUGAAACUUAGACAACUCAAAAGGCUGAAGAAACAAAUUUGUAGUUGACAGAAUUGAUUUGCUUCUAAGGCUAACUAUACUGGAAAUUUACUGGAAAGGAUUUGAUUGGCGUGCCUAACCAGCAAGUCAAAUUGAAUUCAUUUGCUACUCAUUCUAGCUAUGCUGAGAAUUUAAAAGCUCUGUUACCAAUCAGCAGAGAAAAUACUCUAGCGCUCAGUGUCUAGGUUUCACAUUUGCUCGUUUGCUUUCCGUGUUAAGUGAUCAUCCAGUGAUGCAUUGUGUUGACCAGGAAGUCCAACAUCAUGUUAGGAGCAUGCCAGAAGCAAAAUUUAAUUAAAGAAAUUGGUGAUAUAUAACAAGUAUAGCAUGAUUUACAUACACUAUCCCUCUUAUGCACUUUCAGUUGUUGAGAUACCAUAAUUGUUUUUUAUUUAGUUAUUUACUUUCUCUUCACAGAGGAAGGAAAAAGAAGUUACAAUCUUUCAUUGUGGAUGACGCCUACUGAUAAAUUGAUCAUUGGACUCAAAUGGUUACUUAUAAUCUCUCAAUGCUCAAUAUUUUUCUUCAUUCACUGAUGUUUAAUUUUAAAGCAAAUCAUUCCACUGUGUGACUGGUUCUGUUGUUUCCUUAAACUGCAGAACUGAUUCAAUAAUUGUUAGUCAUGCUAGUGAGGCUAGUAUUUAGAAAUAUUGUUACUGAUUAGCUGAGGAAAUUCAAAAGGCUACAGCAAUCAAGUACUAACUUAUCAAUGACAGAAACUUCAUUGAGGACAUUGUAAGAAAGAAAAAAUGAUGGUGAUGAAACAAAUUGGGUAUCAUGGAGAAUAGUAUCAGGAAGUUAUCAGAAAUGAGUCAAAUAGUGUAUCUGCCUGGAACAUCAAAUUAAUUAGUUAUGCUUGAAUGGAUUUCCUAGUGAGGUAUAUUGGCUGAGAAUUUUCUGUAAAGGAUUCAAAUGGGCUGCCUGCUGCUCAGAUUAAGUCGAAUUCAUUUGCUACUCAUGCUAGCUAUGCCAAGAAUUUAAAACUCCUUUACCAAGCAGAGAAAAUACCGAAGGCCAAAGCUAUGCAGGACCAAAUUCAAUUGGGUGGAUGGCUGGAACUUCAUUGGCGCUCAAGUGCUCAAUGUCUAGUUUUUCACAUUUGCA